AUUUUUGUGUAGCAGCAGGGAGUUUGGAGACUUUUAGCAGACGGAGACCACGCCUCUGCUUUGCUGCAGGCAGCUUCUCUCUCUCUGCGUGCAGUGUGACAGCCCCACCGGUCUGCUCAGUCCGUGCACGGUACACAUACUUGUAUGAGGAGUACGGAGCAAGGCGGACACCGGUGCAAUAUCUGUGUUCACAUGCGUUUUGGAAGUAGGAGACGCCCUCAGUGCCCCCCGACUCUUUGCACCUGUUCUUGCUUGUCUGUUGGAGCUUCUUCCUCCAUGCGAGUGUGUGCGGACGUGCACUUCUCCUCAUUGUUAGACUAGACGCGGCGUGCUGUGCUGUGUAUGUGUGUGUUUUUGUUUUAAAGAAGAGUAUGACUACGGCUUAUAACUUGGAUUUCCUGCCCCUGACUGAUAGCCGGUUAAUGGCGUCAGGCGACACAAUCAACGGCAGCAAGAUGAAUGGGUCAUUGGAACACUUGGAUCAGCCAGACCCAGACUCCAUCAAGAUGUUUGUUGGACAGAUCCCUCGCUCCUGGUCAGAGACAGAACUCAAAGAGCUUUUUGAACCUUUCGGAGCCGUUCACCAGAUCAACAUUCUCCGCGAUCGCACCCAGAACCCCCCUCAGAGCAAAGGAUGCUGUUUUGUAACUUUUUAUACAAGAAAGGCUGCACUGGAUGCCCAGAAUGCCCUACACAACAUAAAGACCUUAAGUGGGAUGCAUCAUCCUAUCCAGAUGAAACCCGCUGACAGUGAGAAAACGAGUGCGGUAGAAGACAGAAAACUCUUCAUCGGUAUGGUUUCAAAGAAAUACGGCGAGAACGAGGUCAGGAUGAUGUUCUCGUCUUUCGGGCAAAUCGAAGAGUGCCGAAUCCUGCGGGGACCGGACGGUCAGAGCAGAGGCUGUGCGUUUGUCACAUUUGCUACCAGGUCAAUGGCACAGAAUGCAAUCAAAACCAUGCAUCACUCUCAGACUAUGGAGGGCUGCUCCUCACCUCUCGUGGUGAAGUUUGCCGACACACAGCGGGAUAAGGAGCAACGUCGCCUGCAGCAGCAACUUGUGCAACAGAUUCAGCAGCUCAACAGCGCCUCCACCUGGGGGAACCUGGCUGGGUUGGGCACCCUCACCCCUCAGUACCUGGCUCUGUUGCAGCAGGCCGCCUCAACAAGCAACCAGAGCAGUUUCAAUAGUAUGCAGAGGCUAGGAGGAGUGAAUCCACUUCAGCUGCAGAACCUGGCCACACUGGCGGCUGCAGCCGCCGCAGCCCAGAGUUCUGCCAGCCCGACCUCCACCAGCGGUCUGACAGCCAGCAGCAGCGCACUGGGAGCUCUGGCCGGUCCAGCAGCCGGUUCCACAGCAGGGUCCAGUGCCGGUGCCGCCAUGAACACGUUGGCAUCUCUGGGCACUCUGCAGGGUCUCACCGGGGCCUCUGUUGGCCUCAAUAACCUUAAUGCGCUCACCAGCAGCGUCGCUGGAAUGGGGGCCAUGAAUGGAGGCCUGGGAGCCUCAAUGGCUAACGGCUCAGCAGCCAGUUCCAUGGAUGCUCUGACCCAGGCCUACUCAGGGAUGCAGCAGUACACGGCCUCGGCCCUGCCCUCCCUCUAUGGCCAAUCUCUCCUGCAGCAGACCAUUGCCGGCAGCCAGAAGGAAGGGCCAGAGGGCGCCAACCUCUUCAUCUAUCACCUGCCCCAGGAGUUUGGGGACCAGGACCUUCUGCAGAUGUUCAUGCCCUUUGGGAACGUCGUGUCUGCCAAAGUGUUCAUCGACAAACAGACCAAUCUGAGCAAGUGCUUUGGGUUCGUCAGCUACGACAAUCCCGUGUCGGCGCAGGCUGCCAUCCAGGCCAUGAACGGCUUCCAGAUUGGAAUGAAGCGGCUGAAGGUUCAGCUGAAGCGUUCCAAGAACGACAGCAAGCCCUACUGAUCCUAGUCACCAUUUCCUCCCCCCCUCCACCCUACUUCCUCCCCAGCUCUAAUGCUAGCAAUGCUAGGGUAAGUUCGGCCAGAGACUCACUCGGAGUGGGGGCAAGGGGGAGGGGGAGAAAGGAGAAGGAGCCUUUUCCUUAAAGAAAAAAAAUGUUUGCAAUGAUCUUUUCACAUCUACUGUAUUUCAUUCCUGCUGUUUUGAUCAUGUCAUAGUUAAAUAUUUUAAUGUAUAAUUAUUUAUGACUAUCACUGGAGUCGCUGGAGGUAGUUGUUUUUUUAUUUUUAUUUUUAUCCAUGCCUUUCUCACUGCCUUCGUCUUAAAUUUUAGACAGGUUGACUAAGGGUCACUUGGGUUUAAAGGGCCAAAGCUACGACAUUAGUGUGCUUUGUCGUAUACGGUCUUGUCUCAUCGCUCGUUCUUAUCGUCUAUCUGAGCCAUGUGAUGCUAGGCUGUCUUUCUUCUGUAUUAACCCCCCCCUUCCCCUUGCAGUCAUUCCAUCCAUCAGGACUCCAGAUGGAUCUUUAGGUGCCAAGUACAUGCAUGUUGGGAGUCCAUUUGUCAAGUCUGCGUGUUGUUUUGUGUGUCAGCAAAGGAGAACAGGGAGGGGGGGUCGAUGUGUAUACAUUACUGUUACUCUAUGUCAGGGGUGUCCAAAAUCUGGCUUUGGAGGUCCAUUUGUGGCCGGCAGCUCAAUUUAUUUUAAUUUAUUGGCAUGCAGCAUUCUAUCUAACAUUAACACAACUUUGAAGUUACCAGGGAGAACUAAGAAUUGUAAUUGCUUUUCAUUGACUAGAACAAAAUUCAGCUAUCUAUUUGACUGAAGUUAGUUUAAAAAUAAAUCAAUUGCAGAUUAAAAAAAAAGAAAUCUAAUGGCCACACAUUUUAAUUACGAAUAAAAAAGAAUUAGUGAUUUUCCAUUACCAAUAUAAUGAAUUAUGAGGAAUGGGAAUUGUUUUUGUCUUUCAAUCUAUUCCACUGCUUGGCAUGCUUUGACCUAGAUUGGAUUGUUUCUAGCUUGUUUUAGUAAAGAUAAGUGGCACCAAUCUGCUAAAAUAGUUUGGACCCCCCUGCUCUAUGUGGUGAUUGUUUUUGUGCCUCAUGGCUUUGAAAGGAUUCUUGUGCCGUGCCCCUAACUUUCUCCUCUCUCUCUCUCUCUCUCUCUCUCUCUCUACUUUUGUCCUCUUUCUCUUUGUGUUUUUGUCCCUAUUUUUUUUAUAGAACAAAUCUCCAUGCCUGUUUGCUCAUCAUUAGCCUAGCAUGUCUUCAUGAUGUUGAAAGCCAAGCCACACUCUUCCUGGCCUCAUCAUCACCACCAUUGUGUCUGUGAUGUCUCUCUAAGCUCGCCCCCCUCCCUCACCCCUUCUUGACCAAUACCUGGCCACCCACUGACCUUUGACCUUAGCUCAACCUGAGUUUUUUUUCUGCAUGUGUGUUCAUUGUUUUUGUUGUUGAAAUGUGACAGUUGGGAGAGAGGUCAAGCGAAUUAAUGUGAAAAUGUACCUACGUUCGAUUUUUGUUUUAAAAACCUGUGGGAUUUCUUAUUUUAACAUUGUUUUUUUUUCUUUUCUUUUCAAUUACCUCUCUCAGUAUGGUUCACUUGAAAUACAGGGAUUGGCACGCAGCUGUGCUCUUUGGUGCCAUUAGCAAUAUGUUUGGUGGCUUCUUUAAGAAAAAAAUGCUUCAAAACCACUUUUGCAACACUUAGUCCCUCUGUUAUUUUUUUGUGGCGUGUGAAGAUGUUUCAUCAAGGCUAUUUAAACCUAGUUUUUCAUUUACUCCUAGUGUAUUUGCUAUUUUUUUUCUUUCUUUUUAAACUACCAAUGGCACAAUAAAAGGUACAUUUGCUCAGUUUGGAGAAAUGACUACCUACAUGAGUCAAACUUUUUUAGAACUGAUUCACAAAUAGACAAUCUGUGGUUUAAAUGCACACUUAGAUUACCUAUAUUUUAUACCAUUGAAUCUAUAGAGGUCUAACUAACAGAACCCAGGCAAAAAUGUUGGGUUUCUUUUGUAGAUUUAUGUUGUAAUGUCAUCUGUGUCUCAUAUGGGGGAGUAGUAGUCUUCAGUAUGUUGCAUUUUUAAAGAGGAAAAAAAUCAGUCAUUUCUACUAAAUUAAAACCACACUUGAAGUAAAAAAAAAUCCUCUACAUUAUAAUUUUAGAAUAAAGCAUGAGAACUUUUUUUUUCUCCCCCCCUGCUCCUGUGUUGAGGAAAAAAAUGGUACGCUUUGUUGAUUUUCUGUGAUUUUUUUUUCAUUAAUUGUAUUCACUGUUGAAUGCUUCAUGUUAUUUACAAUGUUUGUUAAUCAUACAGAUGCCAGACAAUGUUUUUUGUUUUGUUUCAAUGUCAAAGUGCCCAUGUGUCAAAUUUUUUGGGGAGGGAGGGGGGAUUUACACAACUUUCUUUCCUACAACAUUUCACUCUUUCUUUACACACACAUUCUUUGGGAGCCCCUGAAGAAGAGAUCACUAUUUUUUUUUUGUACCAUUUUUUUCUAACCAGUGACAAAGUCCCUCAUGGCGGUGUUGGUUUACAAAUACAUUCCACUUUUCAGCAGCACAAAAGUUUACACUUGCAAAAAAAAAAAAAAAAUUGUGAUUUUUAUAUAUUUUUGUUUGAGAUACCCUGUGGCAAAAACAACCGCCCUUCUGAAAAGAUUGAUUGCACUCAGGGUCUUUUACUUUGUGUGUGUGUGUGGGAGGAGGGGGGACACACAAAUGUACAGCUUUCACUUUUUUGGGGGGGGUUAUCAUUUUUGUCUCACACCCCCAGAACAGAGGUGUUCAAACCGCGCCCUAGAGGAGCCGCUUUAUUAUUAGCCCUCUUCAUAUUCUAAAAAUAACAUUUAUUUUGAAAGAGAUAUUAGAUGUGACACUAAUUUGCUUUGUCAUCUUAUUACACAAAGCGAAUAUCGUUUGUUUAUUAUAUAUUGAGCUACACUGGAUUGGUUUGAGCAUCUUUAAUGCACAUAAUAUAUAAAAAUAUACAUUUGUGGCCCUCAGUGGAAGAGGUUUGCACACCCCUAACAUAAUGAACAAAAACACCACCAAAUUUGAAAGUGCACAAAUAUUGUAUUGUAAGGCACAACAAGCACAAUUGUGGAAGCUUUUGCAAAAAGUCAUGUGUGUAUGUGUUGUAUACCCCCCCUGCCCCCACUUUUUUCCCCCCUUAAAAACGAGCAUGUGCUUUUUACAGUGUGUUUUUUCUAUCUAAAUGCAAUACAGUAAUAAUAAUAAUAAUGAAAGUGCCAUAUAUACACAUCUAGAAAACUGCCUACACAUCCUUAUCAGGCCUUGGUUAGAUUGCUGCACUUAGCCUUUUUUUUUUGUGGUGUCACCUUUAUGCUUCUCUCCUCCCCGCCCCCCCUAAACUCAGCUGUAACAUAGCAACAAUGUAUUGUGACGUCAAGAAUUUGUAGAUUAAAAACUCCCAAUAAACUUUUCCUAUAGAAUUAUUACUUGAAGGUUUAAAACCUGUCUUUAAAGUGUGAGCCCAUGCACUGGAACACUUUGCGACACAAAUGUGUGUGGAUUUAUUUGGAGUUUAAGAACCACUUUGUUCUGUUUGUGUGUGUGUGUAUGUGGUGAAGUGUUACCAGUGUUGAAUUUAAUUUGAAGAAGAAAAAAAAUGGAAUAAAAGAAAGCACAAUGUACAGUCAAGUCCUCUCACUUCAGGGGCUUCCAUCACCAAAUUCCAGCUCCCAACAAUCACCCUUGAUAAAUUCUUCCUCUUUUUUUUUUUUUUAAAUUCUGAAGUGCUUUUUUUUUUUACAGUGUAGUAGCUUUGCAUCUUUAGAUAUUAUCUGAUCAGAUAAGACAUAAGAUAUGAUUUCCUAUAGUCUCUCUUUUUGUGUCUUGAUGAAAGCCAAAGUGGGUGCAUCUCGAUGUGUUGUUCUGUUCAUUUUAGAAGAGGGUGGGAUUUGAAAUAAGGAGAGAAAAGAAAAAAAACAGGCUUCCCCCCUCCCCCGAUUUCUACAACUGGUUGUUCAUAAUGUAUUUUGUACCAGUGACGCUUUUUAUAUUGGACAAAUUAAAAGAAAAGAAAUCUAAAUUGUCUGGCCUCUCAAUGUGGCCUUGCCUUGACCAGGUCUUUGCUUUGGCCUCCUGUUGCUGUCAAGCUAUAUAUUGUUACUAUUAUUUAGUGUAAAAAAAAAAAAAACAAUGCCUGAUUUUGACUUACCCCGACGUGUUCCUCGGUUAGUUAAUUUGUGUCGGGGAGGGGGUUGGGAUCCUCUAAAGUGGUGGUAAGUUUCAUGUUAGUAUUUGUGCCGUCAUCUGGAUUUUUGACGUGUGUGAAUAAUUGUCUUAGUUUAAGAGUUAACUAAUUGUUUAGUUUGAGCCUUGCUUUUUAUUUUGUUUUGUUUUUUAACUGUGUAGAAUUUUCUGUUUUUUUUUCUCCUCCCUCCAUCAUAGCAGAGUGUGUAGACAAAAGACUCUGUUCUUCUUUUGGUCGAUGUUUGUUCAUAUGUGGUGUGUUUCUUUGCCUCUGUCUCCAAAUUAAACCAUUUCCCCUAAUAUGGA